AUGGCGCAGGAAAACAGUCACAGUGUCAGUCAUGGGUGGAAUGAGAAGACUGCGACUUCUGGAGAGAAGCGACCUCCUCCCGUCGGCACAAGCACCGCCCUCCCCGUGGAAGCGGACGACAGCCCGGAGGGAGGCAGCAUCAGAGAAGAUUGCUACCUCGGAUCGACUGAGCAACAUCCCUUCUCCUCGCCGGCUGAUGCAGAGCACUGGCGCAGCGUCUAUGAGUCUGCCCGUUAUGAAGGGCGCCAUCGCUACGACCCAUCGUGUCAAUGGAGUUCCACUGAAGAGAAGAGACUCGUGAGAAAGCUUGAUCUCCGGAUCAUGGUCUGGGUCUGGAUCAUGUUCUGCUCUCUCGACCUGAUCCGCCGGAACAUCAACCGCGCGGUCUCGGACAACCUGCUUGAUGAUCUGCACAUGAGCACCAACGAUUACAACACGGGUCAAACCAUCUAUCUCGUCUCGUUCCUGGCCGCUGAACUUCCUGGAGGUCUCUUGAGUAAGAAGAUUGGGCCAGACGUUAUGACCCCCAUCUCCAUCACUCUUUGGGGGACCCUUUGUUGCCUACAGUCUCUGAUCAAGGACCGUGCCACCUAUUUUGUUUUCCGUGCUCUCAUCGGCUUCUCUCAAGGAGGGUUCAUCCCGGAUCUUGUCCUUUACCUGUCCUAUUGCUACAAGAGUACGGAGCUACCCAUGAGACUGUCGGUCUUCUGGACAGCAAUCCCGGUGACGCAGAUCACUGGAUCACUUCUUGCGGCAGGGUUUCUCAAAAUGCGUGGGAUACGAGGUUGGGCAGGAUGGCAGUGGCUAUUUUUGAUUGAGGGAUUGAUGAGCGUCGUCGUUGGCCUGGUGACCUUUUUCAUGAUGCCACCCAGUCUCACUGAGACCCACAAGAUCCUGGGUGGCAAGGCGAGCUGGCUCCAUGGUAAGACCGGAUGGUUUACGGAGCGAGAAGAAAAGAUCCUGGUCAACCGAAUCCUGCGAGAUGACCCGUCCAAGGGAGACAUGAACAACCGACAGCACGUCGACCUCAAAGGCAUCUUGACCGCGCUCACGGACGUGGAUCUCUGGCCCACGUACAUUCUCGGUAUCCUGGCCUUUAUCCCGUUCCAGCCUGCCGCCAACUACAUGUCGCUCACCCUGCGAAACAUGGGCUACACCGUCUUUGAGGCAAACAUGCUCGCCAUUCCGGGCUAUUUCCUGUUCUUUGUCAAUAUUCUCGCCGUGGUAUGGGCCAGCGAGAAAUACAGGGAACUCUUGAUCUUCGCGUCGUUGAGCAACGUCUGGGUUCUGCCUUUCCUGAUUGGACUGGUUGCAAUCCCCCAUACGGCCAGACCCUGGGUUCGGUACGCGCUGUUGACGGGAGUCAACGGAGAGCCUUACUCUCAUGCCAUUCUGGUGGGGAUGAUUUCCCGCAACGCCAACAGUGUGGCUACUCGCGCCGUCGCUGCGGCGGUGUACAAUAUCUGCUAUCAGAUUGGAUCCAUCGUCGCCGUCAACAUCUAUCGAAACAGUGAUAAGCCCUACUACUAUCGAGGCAACAGGAUCCUGGUCGGAUUGACUUCGGCCAACAUUGUCCUGUUCGUCCUGGCUAAGUUGUACUACAUCAAGCGGAACCAGCAGAAGGAGAAAAAGUGGCGGGCGUUAAGUCAAUCUGAGAGGGACAACUACCUGACCACCACCACGGAUACGGGCACGAAGAAACUCAAUAUCCGCUUCGCUCGCUAG